UCUCGCUUCAGCAUUCCACCUUGGACUCUCCUAGAAAUGCUCAGCCGAAUCCAAUUGCAAGGUCUUCGCAUCAACAUUCGUGUGUUCAAGGAAUUAUAUUGCGCUCUCAAGCUGACGGAGAUUUCUAACGUUUGCGUGAUUGUUCGCGAUACCAUUGUACUUGUUUGCGGUAACCUCAGAUACCGAUACUAAUAGCAGUUUGAACGUUCUGCCUUUGCUUGCUUUUAUUUCUGCAUGUUCAACAUCACAUUUCAUCCAGGCUCUGUCGGUCCCUCCGAGCGUGCAGAACUUCUCAAGCAGAAGGGCGCCACGAUAUGGCUCACAGGGUUGAGCGCCAGUGGCAAGUCUACGAUUGCCUGUGCUCUAGAACAGCACCUUCUUCAUCUGAAAAAACAUGCCUACCGAUUGGACGGAGACAAUAUCCGAUUCGGUCUGUGCAAGGAUCUCGGAUUUGAUGAAAAAUCCAGGAACGAGAACAUUCGGCGUAUAGGGGAGGUCUCCAAACUGUUCGCUGAUUCAACAUGCAUCGCCAUCACUGCAUUCAUUUCCCCGUAUCAGAAAGACCGGGACGCUGCUCGGGAAAUGCACAUAAAGGCAUCUCUUCCUUUCAUCGAGGUCUUCGUCGACGCACCGCUGGAAGUCGUUGAGAAGCGUGAUCCAAAGGGGCUUUAUAAGAAGGCCAGGGCUGGAGAGAUCAAAGAUUUUACUGGAAUUUCUGCUCCCUACGAGGCGCCUGCAAACCCGGAAAUUCAUAUCAACACCGCAGAGACAGAGGUGGCUGAGAGUGUCAAGAUAAUUACAAACUAUCUGAUUGAGAAGGGAUACAUAUGA